AUGAGUCAAAAUUAUGCUCCCUCUUCAUUUGCCUCUCCAUUUGUAGCACUUGCGAUAUCUGGUAGUGGACGUCGGCUUUACGAGAAGCGGAAUCCUGGCCGUCGACCCGCUGGAGUUUCCGGAGGCUUGGUCGUUGGCGAUCAUCCACCAGCUAUUUCCGAGCAGCCCACUCCAACUGGCUCCACAGUCAGCCUUGUGACCAUCGGGGCCGAUGAUCAGGCUGGUGGUAAUGGGGUUGGCUUGCAGCCAGCAACCAAAUGGACUGGUCAGACAGCAAGUCCUGGACUUCCAGGGUUUUCAGGCCCCGGAUAUAUGAGUCAAAUCGGGCGAUCGGAAGAAUUCUAUUCUCGACCAGAAGGCCCGCGAAAAAAUCGCGUCAGAUCUGAGGGUCAGGUAAUAACGUCAAAGCACGCUCACAUUCACCCACUUGUGCAAGUGGCUAGGCAUAUUUGUGUACACUCGCCCCUAUUUUUUCAUCCUUCAACAUAG